AUGUCUUCUCCUCAUAAUAUUUACAGAGUUAGAGAAUGGAUGUACAAUCGUUUAGAUGCAAUUACAGGAGAUAUACGACAUGAAUAUAAAGAAGGAUUAUCAGAGUUCAUGCAGUUCGCAUCAAAUCAAGAGAUGACCAUUACAAAAGGUAUUAUGUCUUGCCCUUGUGUUAGAUGUGAUAAUGAUCAUUUUUUAAACAAGGAUGUUGUUUGGAAUCAUUUCUAUUUUGGAGGUUUUACACCGGGAUACUAUGUAUGGUUUUCACAUGGAGAAGAUUUUAGAUCUGGUCCAAGUAGUAAUCAGUGUAGAGAAGGUGACCGAAGAAGACAAAAUGUUGGUAGUUUUGUAGAUGAAGGAACAUUCCAUAGGGAAAAAGAUAAUGUAGUGAGAAUGGUUGGAGAUGAGUUUCGAGAGACACUAGAGAGUACCAGAGUUGACGAAGAACCCAAUUUAGAAGCGAGACAGUUCUUUGAAAUGUUAGAUGCUGCAAAGAAUCUGAUUUAUCCAGGUUGCAAAGAGGGUCAUUCGCCGUUAUCAGCUGCAACUCAAGAUAAUUUAGCACCUCCUUCAUACAACGCUGUGCAGAAAUUGGUAUCUGGUCUUGGGCUACCAUAUCAAAUGAUUGAUGUUUGUAAGGAGAACUGUAUGCUUUUUUGGAGAGAAACUGAACAUUUGUCACAAUGUCGUUUCUGUGGUGCUGAUAGAUUUAUGAUGACAAGUGGGAGGACAAAAAUACCAUAUCAGCGUAUGUGGUAUUUGCCUUUAGCAGAUAGGCUGAAGAGGUUGUAUCAAUCAGAAAGGACAGCAGCAGCGAUGAGAUGGCAUGCAGAACAUGAAUUCACCGGGGAAAUAUCACAUCCUUCUGAUGCAGAAGCGUGGAAACAUUUCCAUUCAUUAUAUCCAGAAUUUGCAAAUGAGGCGAGAAAUGUAUAUCUAGGGUUAUGUACGGAUGGUUUCAAUCCGUUUGGUAAAUCUGGUCGGAAAUAUUCUCUAUGGCCAGUGAUCGUCACUCCUUACAAUCUUCCACCUGCUCUUUGCAUGAAGCGAGAAUUUCUUUUCUUAACCAUUUUGGUUCCUGGUCCGAAUCACCCUUGUCGAUCUCUUGAUGUGUUUUUACAACCGCUGAUUGUUGAGUUACAAAUGUUAUGGUCUGAAGGGGUAGGUGCUUACGAUGUUUCCACGAAGACUAAUUUCAAUAUGCAUGAUGCAUUAAUGUGGACCAUUAGUGACUUCCCGACGUAUAGAAUGUUGUCUGGUUGGACAACACAUGGAAGGUUGUCAUGUCCAUACUGUCAAGACAAUACUGAUGCAUUUCAGUUAAAAAAUGGAAGAAAAUCUUGUUGGUUUGAUUGUCACCGUCGUUUUCUGAGACGAAACCAUCCAUAUCGACGCAGUAAGACUCUGUUUCGGAAGAACAUGAUUGUUCGUGAAGGUCCACCACGAGAGUAUGACGGAGAUUAUAUACUUCAUCAAUUGCGUGAUUUUGGAGUUGAUCAAACUUCAGAUUGUGGAGGUAAUGGUCAUUCCAGGAUUGACGGUUAUGGUGAGCAUCAUAAUUGGCAUAAAAAGAGUAUUUUCUGGAGAUUACCUUACUGGAAAAAUCUUCUACUCCGCCAUAAUAUUGAUGUUAUGCAUAUUGAGAAGAACUUCUUUGAGAACAUCAUGAACACGGCUUUGAACGUUGCAGGAAAGACAAAAGAUAAUGUUAACACGAAUGAAUUUGCCGGACAUAUGUGCUCGUGA